AGCCAACGACACACCAAGACAGAAGAGGCCUCCUCCAUUUUCAGCGCCCACUUACACCACCCACUCCCCGCCUCACUUCCUCCUUCCUCCACAGAAUAUGCAAAGUGGGCAAUCUCUCGGCCUCGAUGCAUACCGACGUGUGGAUUCCUAGAGGGACAACAGUCAGGGAGACCAAUGACGGCUACAGAGCUGGCGGAAGCCCUCGAUGACACACCCUCCCCAUCGCGGCGGUAACGGGACCUCCGUGGGCCCCAAUCUCGUCGCGAUCCCGCCCUCGCGCUCCGCCAAAGAGGGAGGGUCCCUAGCGGCGGCCGCGAGCUUCGUCACGGCGAAGCCCAGUCAGUCUUACAUUCGGCCGCAGAUGACCACUGUUCCCGGGAGCUUCACCUCCGACCUGAAGUCAUUCACCAGCCGCGCGGACCUCCACGCCUAUGGCAAUUUCGAAGAUGGCACGACAGACCUCACGAGCAGCGAGCAGAGACAGGCCGAGUUUCGGCACGAGAUUGAAAAGCAGACGCGGCUGAAAGCAGGGACGGAGAACCUGCUGGAGGCCUUGAACAAUAAAAAUGCCAAAAAGUCGAGAGAUCAGCGCAUGGCUGCCGAGAGCCAGCUGAAUAGCUCCAACAGGAAGAUUGCGCAGCUCAAGCUGGACCUAGAGGCCGAGAUACAGAAGAGUAAGGAGGCGCCGAUAAGUCCCAAGGCAAGGCUCUCCCAGCUGUUUCGCCCAGUACAGCCAUUGACGCUGAAUGAUCCGAGGCCGUCUCAGGAUCUGGAUGAGGUCGAUGAGCACCAGGAUCCGGAGCUGGAGUCGCCCUCGUAUAUACUGGCAGAGAUUCUACAGGCGCUGGAAGCGGAAGAUAUGCCACCCGAUUACUACAUCAAUCAAGCUAACGACUUGGUGGAGCUAUUCCGUCGGCAUCCUACUCUGAAGUAUGACUUGGCCUGGUCGAUAUUCGGGAUCAGGAUGCAAGUCAUGUUACUCAGUGACAGCAGGGAGGUAGUAGCAGCUGGCUACAGAGUGAUGCGAUAUGCCAUUACAAAUCGGAAGUCUCUGCGUACGAUACGUGCCCUGCAUACUGACUACCUGGUCAUCCUGUCUCUGGUGAAGGAGAGCAAAGCCCGCGUAGAGCGAGAGCAGGCGCUGAAGUUCAUUCGAGCAUUCCUGGACGUCAAAGACGGGAUGCAGGAGAUUCAUCCAGCUGUUGCGCGUAUUGUCGUGGCUGUUGCAGACCACUCAGACGAUCAAUUGCGAAGCAUAGCAAUCUUGACGUUGGCAGAAAUGCUGCUGAAAGAGCCAAUGCUGGUCGUCAAUGCGGGCGGAAUCAGUGUUUUGGCAGAGGCGAUGGGCAAUGGAGUGUACCACGCGCCAGAGACAUUACUCGGGCCACUGCUACAUCUCAUGGAUUUGCCUGCUCGGCGAGGUGUCUUGCGAUCCGGCUUCGAGUUCAGCUCUGCGUUUGCGACUUUUACGGAGCCUCAUUUCUCACACUCCUACGAAGAUAGGCUCAUCGCGAGCUCAAGAGUCAUUGCUGCAAUGUUCAAAAGCUGGUCUGGUUUGAUGACAUUAUCUCUGCACCACUUCCUGCCUGUCCGGUCACUGGUCUCUUCCCUCUAUGUCACUGACAUCCGCGUCCGGACUGCCACGCUCGAUCUCUUGAUGGAUAUCCUGCGCAUCGAGCGGCGGUCUUGGUCAACGCCCUUCAUUGGUGGCCGACGCCUGACAACCUAUGCACGCGUUGUGAAUCUCCAAGAAGAGAAACCUGCCACAUCAGCGAAGCAGAGUGAGGAAGACAAUAGUCAGAAGCGCAGCCUCGUACAACACUUCACUGCUGUUGCACUUGCUGCUCUGCUGCGAUAUGGUCUGCUUCAAGGACUCGUCAGUGCUGAGCGAGACUCCCCUUCUGACGCAUUGAAGAGAAGAACGAAUCUGCUCAUCACAGAAGUGCUCAAGAAGUCAAGCGAGCUGCUCCCCAUAUCGUGGAAUGCACAGCUACAAUCCAUGCCAGGCUUGUUUCACUCGGCUUUGCGAUUUGAUAAUGAAGAUCGACAUAUGGCUUUGACAACAGUCUAUCAGGUCGAUAAAGUCAACCUGAAGCUGUGGCGGUCGGAUCCAUCAACUACCACUCAAUCGAAGAGCGAGGAGAGUCAGGACACUCGUGCAAGAUCAGCAUCGAAAGCGCAAGCGCAAGCUAACAUGGACGAGGCUGUUUAUCGUGCUAGACAACUUGAGACUAACGUUCUCAAUACGGUCAACUACCUUAAGUGGGAUUGGAACAUCAUACUCGAGCUUGUUGACGGACCACUGACCAACCCUCGUCUGCUGUAUGAGGCAAUGGAGAAGUCAAAGUUUGUGCAUCGCCUGCUGAAGUUUUUGCGGCCCUUUCAAUUCCGCUUUUCUGAUGCAUCGAACACGAAGGCCAAUCAGCGAUAUCUCAAAAUGGGUUGUUUGCUGGUAAAGUCGCUACUACAAACACAAGAAGGCGCCAUGUUUUUGGUCAACAACAAGAUGAUUCGGCAGCUUGCGGAGUGUCUCGCUCAAUUAGACUCUGCCAGCGGUAUCACAUCCAAAAAUCCCAUGUUCUCCCCAGAUCGGCUGAGUGAAACACUCGUUGGGGGCUACUUCCAAAUUCUGGGCGUCAUGUGCAGCGAUCCCAAGGGACUGCAAAUUCUGGAGAGGUGGCACAUCAUCAACAUGUUCUACCACAUCGUCGAGCUCAAGAAUCGGGAUGACCUGAUACGAACACUUCUGACCAGCCUCGACUACGCGCUCGACAGUCAUCCUCGGAUCAUCCUCUGCAAAGCAAUGAUUGCCGGAUCGAAGCAGAUGCGCAUCAUGGCAACCACACUGCUGCGACCAUACGCUACCAAGUCCAUUGAAGACUCGGCAACUGGAGGUUCUGCGGCUGAGUGGGCAAUAAGGUUGCUCGUCAGUCAACUAUAUGAUCCCGAAAUUGAAGUGUGCGAGAUUGCCAUCCGGAUUUUGGAAGAAGCCUGUAACGACAUCCGAUCACUCAAGUAUGUAGUCAAGUGCAGGCCUGCUCUCGAUCAUCUGGGAGAGAUUGGAGCUCCACUGCUGCUGCGCUUCUUGUCGACAUCUGUUGGGUAUCAUUAUCUAGACGGCCUAGACUACAUCACUCGUGAGAUGGACGAUUGGUUCCUCGGUCGCAACGAUACCUACGUGACGGUCGUUGAGGCAUCGCUGGCCCGCGCGCUCGCCGAUGUUCCCGAAAAGCCCAAAUCAGCGAACCCUGAAGAAGCAAUGACUCCACAACAAUUUGGCUACGUCCCACCACACUUCUAUCGAGAACUCACGAGAACGAUUGAAGGCGCCGAACUCCUCAAAGCAAAAGGCCAUUUCGAGGAAUUCACCGCUACGAUUCAAGACUUUGGCAUGGAGGAAGAUGAUCCCGAGACUAUCCUCAAAGUCAAAGGCUGUCUCUGGGCAGUUGGCAAUGUCGGAAGCAUGGAACUCGGUGCGCCCUUUCUCGAACGCACAGAUGUUGUCAAAUGGAUUGUACAAAUCGCAGAGACGUCUCAAGUCAUGACCUUACGCGGCACGGCCUUUUUCGUCCUGGGAUUGAUAUCCCGUUCCCUCCAUGGACAAGAAAUCUUGGCCGAGUAUGGAUGGGAUGGCACCGUCAAUGUCAUGGGAACUUCACUCGGCUAUGUGCUUCCUCUGGACUUUGACAAACUCUUCUCCAUUCAAGCCCUGAACCCCUCCUCUGACUCUGAGGACAACCGAAUGACGAAGAAGAAUAUUCCUCAAAAUCGUCCUACUGCUGUCACCGAUUCCGACCCUACGAAUCAAGCUAUUCUGGACUCGAUUACCAAACUCGGAAACACGGUCUUGACGAACAAGGCUUUGACGGAGCUGAAUAGUUUCAAACACAAGAAAGUCGCUGGGUUCAAUUCUCCGAACCUGUUUCGAAAAGCCAUGGUGCUGCUGGCUAGUCAUGCUUAUCGUAUACCGCAGUAUCGGUUCGUGUUUGAUUUGUUUGACAAGAAUGUGCUGAGGAAGAUUGUUCUUGAAGAAGAAGAGGAAGAGGAGGAGGAGGAUUCCAGUGAUGAUAGCAGUAGUGGUGGCAGUGGUGAUGAGGAUGCAGGUGAGAAAGGGGGACACCCUUGAAAGACGGUGAAAUCGCCAACCAAGAUGAAGCAAUGGAGGUGUCGCCGCAGGGCAGUCGCGGUUUUUCCUUUCUGUUUUGCAUCGGCGUGGGAGUGAGGCGUUUUGCGGAUCCAAGCUCAAUAAGGACUUUAUCAUGGCCCUCCGAGGUCGUGACUGGUGGUGGUUGUAUGGGAUAAUGAUGAUCAAGUGACGAUAGGGAUAAGGGAAUAGAAGUUCCCUGCGGACUUGAUUUCGAAAGGAGUUUUUUUUGGAGUGGCGCGCGGGGAGAUUUGUGUGUGUGUGUGUGUGUGUGUGUGUGUGU